UUAAUGUCCUAAUGGUUUUUGUCAUAAAAGAACAAUAAUUUUGAGCAAUACAAUGUAUUGCUACAAAUCUAGCUCCAGAGAUACGAGUCAUAUCAAUACACCUCACAAUAAUUAUUACAUUUCAGCAUAAACAUACAUCACUAGACAGGUGGUAAACUUAAUCUAGCUAACAUCUGUAACUACUGCAUGGAAUAUGCAAUGCAGGUGUAUCAAUCGUAUUGUUGCUCAUGUUGAUGUUAAUGUGAUCCUGGUUCCUUAUCGGUUCACAAGAUAUACAUUAGACAUGAACUCCACAGAUAUUUGGCUUUAAAGUUUAUAAGACCCCUUAUUUGACCCACUGGUGGCGCUAGAGGGUUUGAGAUAAAGACUUGAUGUUUGGUGUGAUUAAUGUUCAGUGUUUCCUCUAAGUUUGUGCCAAUUUUUAUAACUUUCACUGCUUAGGAAAAAAAAUAAGACGAAUAUGCAAGAAGCAGUUCAGGGCCAAAGCCAGCAUGUGAGUUCAGGUUUAACUUGCAUUUUAUUUGCAUCCAACUUGUGUGUUUCUGUAAUGUAAAUUUCCUCUGUAACUCAAAGGAGGGGUUUGAGAACCUAAUCCAUGAAGUGUUCGUGUCAGACGUUACCAGACAAACGAUGAGUUACUGUUUCACUCUUCACUGAGCUCAAAAACCCUCGCCAUUUACAGGACAUUCGGAAAACAUUGUAUAAAAAAGUUUUUUUCCGUUUAGACACAGCAAGUCUUUUUACCUGAGGAGAGACUGAGAAAAUGGCAAUGUUUAUGUGUUUGGCCGUUCUCUCUACUCUUCUGAUGUGUGGAUGGACUCAGACCGCAAGCAAUCCGUUUGACUGCUCUGACGUCUACAACUCAGGACAGACGGCCAGCGGGAUCUACUCCAUCUAUCCUGCAGGAGAUGUUCCCGUCUCAGUUUACUGUGAGAUGAUCUCAGAUGGAAACGCUGCAGACAGAGGAGGAUGGACGGUGAUUCAGAGGAGAAUGGAUGGCAGCGUGAAUUUCUAUCGGCCGUGGGAUCCGUACAAGAGAGGAUUUGGGAAUAUAGAGAGUGAAUACUGGCUGGGGCUGGAGAACAUGUAUCAGCUGACACUCACCAGGUAUUACAAGCUGAGAGUGGAUCUGGAGGACUUUGAAGGAAAUAAAGCUUUCGCUCAGUACUCGUCCUUCUCUGUGGAUGGAGAAGCUGCCGGCUAUGAACUACAUAUUUCAGGAUUCACGGAUGGAGGAGCUGGCGACUCUUUAUUGGACCAUAAUGGAUACAUGUUCUCCACCUUUGACAAGGACCAAGAUGCUUAUGCAACCAACUGCGCCAAACGGUAUCUCGGGGGGUUUUGGUACUCGGCCUGUCACCAUACAAACCCCAACGGAGUGUAUUUAUGGGGUGAAGAUCCCACUUAUUAUGCUAUUGGAAAUGUAUGGUCAUCAUGGAAGGGUUAUGCUGUCGGAAUGAAAUCCAUCAGCAUUAAGAUCAAGCGUGUACCUUAGAAACACUGCAGGACUGCUUUAACAUAAUCAAAUAAUCAAAUUCAUGUUUUCUCUUUUCUAGUAACUGUGUAAAAUAAUAUAUGAUGUGUGGAAAUAUCACUCUAAAAAUAGUUUGUUUAUGAAUUGCUCUUGGAAAUCAAUCAACAAUACGUUUUAAAUAAACCGCUGCGUAGAAAGCCUUUGUGAAAGUCUUGAAACUGGUGGAGCAGAAGCUGCUGGGACUCGCCGGGGAAAGGAAGGGGUGAAGGGGAAACUCUUUAAAGCAACCCUUUAACUAACUGAGUAAUCUCAGGUAACCAGCCUCUUUAAAUUCAAUAAUUCAAACACAAAAUGAUAUAAACUUUCUAAACAAGUAAUACAAGUAACUUUAACAGGAGAGAGAUUUAAAAGUGUAUUAAAAGAGAAAAAGAGUUAGUUUCCCCCCUCUGACAUCACACCAAAAUGGCAAAAUGCUUCAUACUGCAAUGCAUGCUGGGUAAUGCCAUAGUAAACACUCCCAUCAUGCACUGCAGUAUAUAAAAAGGCCCUUUCCCCCUUAAUAUUGAAACAUUAUGAUGGAAUUAGCUUAUUUUUUCUUUAACAGUCAAACGUAGUUAAAAGCCAAAAAGAGAAGGUUUAAAUGAAGAAUGUUCACUCAUCAUAAGAAACAGAAAGCAUAAGAAAUUGCACAAAUGUUUGCCGUAAAACAAUUUAGUAAUCGCUUAGAAGGUCAACUAAACACUGAUCAGUUAUGAUCACAAAGUUUUAGUGCUUUGAAACAAUCGGUUUUGUUAAAAGAGCUACAUACAAGUGAUUUCAGACGUUAGGUUUACACACAGUCUACAUUAAACUUUCCUAAUUUGGGGUUUACUUACAGAAAUUAAAUUUUUGGCUUUCAUGAACGUGAAAAGAGGUGAUACUAAUUUCAUAGGAGUUGGUAUUGUUUUUUCAAGCACUCAUAAAAAAAGUGUGAUUCAAUAAGAAUAAAUGACUAAGAAGACAAAGCUCACAGCCUUUUCAUGAAGUGUCUUUAUGUGUUGUACAGUGUAUAUAUAAGCUGUAUGUACUGUAGUCAUAAUAUUAAAAACAACGGCAUGUGAAUAGCUGAAUGAAAAUGAAAAAACCUUGAAACGCUGAGCCCAAAAUUAUUUUGUAGGAAAGACACAAAAUUGGUGAAAUGAAAUGCUGUAUGCAUAUUAAUUUAUUUAUUGGUGCACUAAACUUUGAUGCAAGAACAAAACGAUUUAAACCUAAAAAGAAAUAACGCCUUCCAAAGUGUUGUAUUUAUGAGUCGUUUCAAAGCUGUUUCUAUAACUAGUCUUAUAUU